CUAUCUAAAUCCCUCGCCCGCCGCGAGCCUGUCUCUCUUCUCGAAGCAGCGCAGAGCGACAUUCUUUGCGUGCAAAUCCCCCUGCGCCGCCAUCCUUGUCCUCGGCACUUUGCGCCGCCCGACGCCUGCGACUGCGGCUAGAUAUACCCCGAGUCUCCUCCACACCACCACGACCAGCACCCGCGCACGCGACAUCGCCGCCCCUCGCACGCCCGAGACCUGUGGACCCGUACCUGGCGACUCUGUUCGCACCUUCACCACUCAGAGCGACCAGCCGUCACCCACCACAGCAUUCCGCGCGCCAACUACGCUCCCCGGCGCACCCCGGAGUCAGCUGAGCCACCUACGCCCCAACCCAUUGCCGCGCCCACCCGCACACCAUGAGCCCGUAGAGCGAAUACAGAGGAGGAAACAUGGACUUUACGAUCUCGCUCGCACACUUCUGCGAGGUCCACGGCCCGACAUCCAUCAUCUGCACACAAGCCUCUCCCUCGCCAUGCGGCUCCUGCAACCCCUGCGUGACCCCACCUUCCGAAGAGCCGCAUCCCCAGCUCUCCUACAACGGCCUGUAUGAGCAGCCUCCGUCGGCGCUCAAAUUGGGCAGCCGCAUACCACAGCUCACAUCACCCCUGGAGACCCCACCUACUAGCCCGAGAUCACCAUCACACAAUCCCUACUUUCCCAGUCUCCCCGCCUCCAACAGCAGCUUCGGCGGCCGAAGACCGAGCAGCACCUACAGCACCGACAACGACGUCUGCGACAACUGCCAGAUUGUCGUUCCGAAGAAGGUCAGUGCCAGGAUUCCGGAUGGUGCACCAGGAAGCCCCUCCAAAGAUGGUCGUGGUCGGAAUGGAAGCCCGGUGCUACGGACUUCGCAUAACUUCCCAGUGCGCGGCUCCAGCGCUUGCGACGACAUGAGUAGUUCGACUUCAUCGGAUACUUCCGACACCGAGCAGUCCAAGUCCUUCGACAGCAACCGCUCGCAGAUGUUCCCGGACUCGGUCCCUGCCUCACCCAUGUACUCGCGGGGGAUGCAUACGCAUACUCUCAGCUACGUCUCGACCAGCCAGCCACAGUCACCAGCAACAUACUCGCUGCUCCGACGGACCUGCAUCCGCACCUUGUCCACCGAAACUCUCCCCAUGGGAAAGGCCGCGGGACCCAUGUUCUUCGGCGACUCGCACGCCGGCUACACCAUCGCCUACGUCUUCCGGCUGCGCGACCCCCGCGCCCGCGGCGCAAUGCGGACCUACGCCCUCAUCGCCAUGGCCGGCCGCGACGGCCUCCGCGCCACAAAAGCCAUGGUCAAAAUCACCGAAGUCUUCGAGUCCAUCGCCAACCGCAUCGUCGCCCUUGCCGACCGCGUCCUCGAAAAAGACAGCGCCGCCUCGCAGCCCCUCAUCCGGCCAGCCACUUCCACACCCCCCUUGGGCACCUCCGCCUCCUCCAUGCCCGUCUUCCAGACCUCCCCCGUCAAGGACCGCCCCUUCUCCUCCGUCGCGAGUUCGCCGGCUACCCGCAACAUCACGCCCGUCUCGUCGUUCCUAUCUGCAAAGAAGGUCGAUCCGGACGGCUACCCGCGAAUUUCGAGCGAGGUGAUGAAGGCGAAGAACCUCGUCGAGAUUGUCGGCAUGGAGGAUUUUUUUGUCUGGCUGCAUGGUAUCUUCUGUGGCUUGUUGCACUCGCUGAUUAAUCAGUUUGGGCAGUUGCCGUCUGCGUAGAUGGUGUUCUAAACCUGUCUGAGCGGAGAGGAGAGUAGAGCUGCGCGACGCCGUUUUGUGUUGUGCUUGUGCCACGCUUGACGUUCUUGUCUGUAUUCUACACCCCCUUUUGUCGUUUUUGUCGUCCUGCGUUUUAGCGAUUUCCUCCUCCUUUCCUUCGGUCUUGUCUUAUCUUAUCCUUUGGCAUCGGCGUUACGGGGUAGAUUGGGUGCUCAGGCUUGCGUCAACCCCAAGCGCGUUGCUUGCUUACGGCCUGGUGGGUUCUGUCCUGUCCUAUUCUCUGUCGUUUUCCUGUUCUGUCUGAGUGAACAAUGUGAAACACUAACGGCCCCUUUUCUUCGACAUGUGCGUGCGGUGGCUGCGGCCUUGCUGUUGCAGUUAGGCUUUAUACCCGGUGAGACGAGAUACCCGAGAGCAGUGGGAGGAUGUGAGAGAUGAGUAAAAUAGGAAUCAAACAAGUGUGUUCAUCAGGGUGUCCCGUUUGCGUGCUUGUGCUUGU